AUGAUGGCCCAAUUCCAUACACAAAAGACGUUAUUGCUAGCACUAGCGUUGCAACUGUCAGCUGUCUACAGCUUUUCCAUUCAAUAUGGGCCCAAAAAAUUGAACAUUGGAAAGCAGCAAACCACUCCAUUGUGGGCUAAACCUCCUCCCACAACCAACUUUGAUUUGGAAGCAAUCGAAGCCAUGGAAGCCAAGUGGGAUAUGGAAGAAGCAAUGGGAACAGACGAUGUUGGUGAAGAAGAUGAUAUCUUGUCUGACGGAUUGGGAGGAACAUCAGAAGAAAACGUUGUUUUGUUGCAAGUCCCUGAUGAAUUGGAUGGAAAGAGAAUUGACGCUGCGUUGUCCAAAUUGGAUUCCAGUUUAUCACGGUCAACUUGUGGAGCAUUGGUAGCCGAUGGAAAUAUACAGCUAGUAGGAGCUAAUGGUGAUCUAAAAGUGCUUUCUCGCAAGUCGCACAAGGUUUCAUUCGGCGAUACGCUGCGAGUGACCAUGCCCAAAGAAGAGAAACCCACCGAGAUUGUGGCACAAGAUCUGCCUUUGAAUAUUCUAUACGAGGAUGAGCACAUGAUUGUUCUCAACAAAGCGGCUGGUAUGGUAGUUCACCCAGCGGCUGGAAACUGGGAUGGAACAGUCGUCAAUGCGCUUGCCCAUUAUCUAUUGCAAAGUCCAUAUGGGGCGGGAGAGUUUGUUGGAAGCGAGACUAACACGAAGACAGCUCUCCAAGCUGAUGAUCCCGCUGGAGCCGAUGGGGAAGUGAUUUCGUUCCGUCCAGGAAUUGUCCAUCGACUGGAUAAGGGAACCACUGGAAUCUUGGUGGUUGCCAAGACGACACAAUCCUUGGGAACCUUGUCGGAAGCCUUUGCUGCACGAACUGUAAAGAAGACCUAUCUAGCUGUCACUGUGGGAAAUCCUGGAAAGAGGGUAGCCAUUGACAAACCAAUUGGAAGACAUCCAAUUCAUCGGCAACGAAUGCGAGUUGUUCCUGAUCCUCACCGACGAGACUCGAGUGGCAUUGCACCCAAAGAUCGAUUGACAGGUCCCAAGCAAAAGGGACGACGUGCUCUAUCUUAUGUUGACACUUUGGCGUUUGAUGGAAAGCUUAGCGUCGCACAAGUGCGCAUUGAAACAGGAAGAACGCAUCAAAUUCGUGUCCAUUUGCAAGACCGACACACACCCAUCUAUGGCGACGACGUUUAUGGCAUCGAAGCUUGGAACAAGCAGCUGGUAAAGAAGCAUGGGAUCGCUAGACCGCUGCUGCACGCAUACAAGUUGGAGUUGAGCCAUCCCAUCACAGGGGAGAAAAUGGUAUUCACCGCACCAAUGGCAGAGGAUAUGAAGGGAAUUGCAUCAGUAAUAUGGCCAACUGGUGUGGAAGAAUUUCCAGAGGUGUUCCAAUAG